AUGUAUAAUGUCAAACAAACAGGCUUCGUUGCCCAGAUAUCGCCUUCUAUCCCGAGAAGGAAGCAAUCAAUACACUAUGGCUUUGUCUAA